GAAGAGGAGGCCAGGAUGGCUGCACUGAGGGAGGAAGAGGAGCAGAAGAGUCAGAUGAUGAAGGAGAAGAUGGAGGCUCUGAGCAGAGAGAUAGCAGCUCUUUCAGACACAGUCAGAGCCACAGAGGACGAGCUGAGAGCUGAAGACGUCUCAUUCCUGCUCAACUACAAGGCUGCAGUGGACAGAGUCCAGCAGCGCCCCCUGCUGGAUGAUCCACAGCUGCUCUCAGGAGCUCUGAUAGACGAGGCCAAACACCUGGGCAACCUGACCUUCAACAUCUGGAACAAGAUGAAGGACAUGGUCUCCUACACUCCUCUGAUUCUGGACCCAAACACUGCUCAUCCAGACCUCAUCCUGUCUGAAGAUCUGACCAGUGUGAGACCAGGACACAGACAGCACCUUCCUGAUAAUCCAGAGAGGUUUGAUAAUUACUGCUGUGUCCUGGGAUCUGAGGGCUUUAACUCAGGGACUCACAGCUGGGAUGUCGAGGUUGGAGACAGUACAGGCUGGUUACUGGGUGUGUUAGCAGAGUCUGUCCAGAGGAAGGGACGCAUAAAGUCUGGAUUAUGGGUAAUAUGGUUCCUUCAAGGUAAAUACUCAGCACGCUCACUACCAGCUCCACCCACUGAUCUCAAAGUGCAGAAGAAGCUCCAGAGGAUCAGAGUGAAUCUGGACUGGAACAGAGGAAAGCUGUCGUUCUCUGAUCCUGAUACUAACACACACAUACACACCUUCACACACACUUUCACUGAGAGGAUGUUUCCAUACUUUAGGACUUGGGAUAAACUGAAGAUAUUACCACUGAAGGUCUGUGUGACAGUGGAACAGAGCAGUUAGAGAUAAAGAGGAUGAUUAUAUUUAUGAUGUUUAUUUCUUAAAGGUAAAAGCAGCUGACUUUAACCUGUUAAGCUGCACCUGUCCUCCUGCUGAUUUUUUUUUGUUUGUUUCACUUAUUUUUAUUUUAUCUUUGUUAUUGAGUUAAAAACCUUGCUUUAUGCUUUGAUUGUUGAACACUUAGUGACAUAUCGUUUUGCUUGUUUAGCCUUUUUUCAUAGAUACUGUUUCAUUAUAAACUUGUUCAUUUCUUGUUAUUCUGACUUGUGAAGACCAGAAAACACUUUAUAAAUAAAUGAACAAGUUCAUGCUUGAUGUAAUCAAGAAAAUAUGAUUCUGUCUUUAGAAGUAUUUUCAUUUAGUUUCCAUCUGUUGAUUCUGCUGUUUGUUAUUUUGUCAGAGAAGGAGCCGUUUUACUGAAGAAAUCACAUGUUGUAAGGUGGAGGUCUCAGUUUAUGCUCAGACUUAAUGUCAGGUUGGUGAUUUAAGAACAUUUAUAAAAACUGAUAUUAAUGCUGAAUGUACAUUUAUUUAUGUUUUUCAUCAACAUAAUAAAAUAUUGUUAUUUCUUGGUUGUCAUA